UGACUGCAAGCGAGAUUUUGGACUCUCACGGAGGAAGAGGUUCUUCGUCCGUCUGCGGGAGUGAUAGAGAGCCAGAGAUCCGUGCGAUAGCGAGGGGUACGAGUGGAGGGAGAGAGGAGGAGAAGCAGGAGGAAGGUUGUGAGCGAGGCGAGAAGAGAGGAGGACAUGGCGGCUCACGUUAAUGCCGGCCGCCGUCUUGUCGCGCUGGUGCUGGCGGUUUGCCUGUCGUGCGGUGUCGCGGCUCGCGUCGGCGGGCCGGAAGGGAGGCAGCGGUUGCAGAUUGGGCGGCACCUCAAGAGGCUCAACAAACCCCCAGUCAAGAGCAUCAAGAGUCCAGAUGGAGAUAUCAUAGACUGCGUGCAUGUGGCUCACCAACCAGCUUUCGAUCAUCCUUUGCUCAAGAACCACACUAUCCAGACGAGACCAAAUUUCCACCCAGAAAACCUGUUUGAUGACGACAAAGUAGCAUCUCAGAAGAAAACUCCCUCCGGGGUUCAGCUGUGGCACCAAAAUGGGAGAUGCCCGGAGGACACCGUUCCUAUCAGGAGAACCAGUAGGGCUGACGUGUUAAGGGCUAGCUCCAUCAAGAGAUACGGGAGGAAGAAGCAUAAAAGCAUUCCCAACCCCCUGUCUGUUGAGCCAGACCUUCUCAAUGAGAAUGGACACCAGCAUGCCAUUGCUUACGUAGAGGGAGACAAAUACUACGGAGCAAAGGCAACGAUCAACGUUUGGCAGCCAGGUAUCCAGCAAACUAAUGAGUUCAGUCUCUCCCAGCUCUGGAUUUUAGGGGGCUCUUUCGGGGAGGAUCUCAACAGCAUCGAAGCUGGUUGGCAGGUCAGCCCAGAUCUGUAUGGAGACAAUAAUACCAGACUGUUCAGUUAUUGGACUAGUGAUGCAUAUCAAGCAACUGGCUGCUACAACCUACUCUGCUCUGGAUUCAUUCAAGUAAACAAUGAGAUCGCAAUGGGCGCCAGCAUCUACCCGAUCUCCAACUACGACGGUUCACAGUAUGAUAUAAGCAUUCUCGUCUGGAAGGAUCCUAAGGAAGGGAACUGGUGGUUGCAAUUUGGGAGGGACUAUGUGUUGGGCUAUUGGCCUUCUUUCCUCUUCUCGUACCUGGCCGACAGUGCAUCGAUGAUCGAAUGGGGUGGGGAGGUGGUGAACUCGGAGCCGGACGGCGAGCACACUUCGACUGAGAUGGGCAGCGGCCACUUCCCUGAAGAAGGGUACAGCAAAGCGAGCUACUUCAGGAACAUUCAGAUAGUCGACGGAUCGAACAAUCUGAGGGCUCCGACCGGGGUUGGUGCCUUCACGGAGCAGUCGAACUGCUACGACGUGCAGAACGGAAACAAUGGCGAAUGGGGGCAGCACUUCUACUACGGAGGACCGGGUAGAAACUCAAAUUGCCCGUAGAGGAAACAGCUCAUUAAUUCCUUUAACACUCGUAUAACAUUCGGGCAGUUGUUAGUAGUAGCGCUGCUGUUCCUUUGACUCCUAGGCAAUUGUGAAAAGUAGUGUCCUUUAUUGGUUCUGGGUUGGUUCUUCUCUGAGCGGUGCUGUUCUCCCGGACAAAGCUGAGGAGAUGAGAUAGCAUGGUUGCUAAGAGAAACCAACAGGGUUUCUGAUAGUAGUGUUUUCGUGCAUUUGUUCUGUCCUUGAUUCUAUUUGUUUAGGCAUUAAUGGUGUUGUGGGUUAACAAAUGAUAUUGUUGUAUUUAUCACUUUUGUAGCGAUGAUUCAUGCUGUGGCUGAAUCUGUA